UGUUGUUGUUGUCAGGCUCCCACUUCCUCCAGCAACAGCUGGGUCUCUUUUGUCUCUUCGCUCGGUCAAUUAUCACAAUGCCAAUGAAGCGUUAUAGAAGAGACCAGAGUGAAGUGAGCUGUUGCCUCAAAUAUGUUAUUUUCGGUUUCAACGUAAUUUUUUGGUUGCUGGGCUUGAACAUCCUAGGCAUUGGUGUUUGGGCUUGGACUGAGAAGGACACAUUCAACAACCUCAGCCGACUCACCAAUAUUGCCCUGGACCCAGCUUUUGUCCUCAUAGUUACAGGUCUCAUCACAUUCACUAUAGGCUUCACAGGCUGUGUGGGAGCACUAAGAGAGAACACGUGUCUGCUGGCCUGUUAUGCCAUCUUCUUGGCCAUUCUUCUCCUGUUGGAAAUGACUGCUGGAAUUUUGGGAUUUAUUUUCAAAGAUUGGAUCAAGGCACAGGCCACUAAUGGAUUCCAGGCUUUCAUUGUACAUUACCGAGACGACCCUGACCAACAGAACCUCAUUGACUGGAUACAGGAGAAAUGGCUGGAGUGCUGCGGUAUUGAAGGCCCCAACGACUGGGACCGCAAUGUGUACUUCAACUGCUCCAGUGAAGCCGUGGGCAGCAGGGAGGCGUGUGGGGUUCCCUUCAGCUGCUGUAAACUCAAGCCCCAGGAGAUCAUCAAGAACAAGCAAUGCGGCUACGACGUCCGGAAGCAGGACUACGGAGGCGCGCGGUCUGAUGUCAUAUACGAGCGCGGCUGCCUGCGCGCCGGCGAGGACUGGAUAGAGAACAACCUCGUGCCUGUAGCGGGCGUGGCUGUGGGCGUGGCCAUCCUGCAGAUCCUCGGCAUCUGCUUCGCCCAGAACCUGCGCGCCGACAUCUACGCGCAGAAGGCCAAGUGGAACUGACGGUUGGCCCCGGCCUCGGCGAGUGCCGUGUAGGGCGCCGGCCGGGGGACAGCCUACACACUUCCUGCCACAUUCUUGCCCUAUUAAUUAUCUCCACACUUCUUCCUGCCUUCCCAUGUUCUUCGUUUGCUACGCGUCUUCCUGAGGGCAGAAUAAAUAUUCGGACGCAUUGUACGUUUCGUGCCAAUUGCUGUUCAUACUUCUGAUGCAUGGCAAGCUCAUCUAUAAAAGAAUGAACUUUCUCUACGUCAAGAGGCACAUGUUGAGACACAAAUCGGCGCCGCUGCGAAAAGACGUGUGUUGUGCGUGCGGCCGUGGCCGUUUCAGUCUUUCUUCUGCGGUG